AUGAACCUUUUUAAUUACCUCCCCGGUCCGGUAACCCCACAGAAACUACUUGAUUGCGAUGACAAAAUGUUAAAAGACCAUUUGGACGCCUACAGUCAGCUUCUCUCGUCAUGUAGAAGUUUACUCCAACAAUGGCCAAUUCUCAAACAAGAAAUCGUCACGCUGUUCACAGUCGAAGAAGGUUUCUACCUGAGCCAGGAGUGCUUGUCUAUUUUGUGCGGAUUUUUGAAAGAAGAGAGAAAUAUUUUAGCUCUGGAAGCCACGUCAUUUAUUUUACAGAAAUAUGCCAAAAGUGAUGCAAUUCUAGCCGCUAUAAUAGAUUGCUCACACAGUAUCGGCGACGGGCAAGAUAGAAUCAAACUACAAAACGAAUGGGAGAACUAUGUUCAAUACUUCAUAACGUUGCCCGAACGAGUCGCAAAUCGACUUGAAAUUAAAACUCCCAAGGAAUUCUCGCAUGAAAAUUUCUCCUAUAUUGUGGUAUUUCAAAUUGUCAGAUCUCUAGAUUUUAUGGCGGAGAGUAAUUUUUUUCAAAGUGCCCGAUAUAAUCUUGCAUGUGUCUCGCAUCUCGUUUCAAAAUUCGUUACUUACUACAGUAACACUGAGGCGUUUUUUCAUUUAAUUGAUAUUAUCAUAGCCUGGACCGAUCCAAAUAAUAAUGAUCCAUGUAAAUUCGUAAGGAGAAAACUCUUACAGACGCUAUCGCAACACUUACAUCGCAGGGCCAUUGAUAAACUCGUCGUUUAUUUGUUCAAAAGAUGUCCAAUUUACUACAAAAACGACGAACAGCCUAUUAAAACGCUACUUGGCGAUAACAUUGACUCGAGCAAAGAUUGGAACGAGAUUCUAUUGUAUAAAAUGCCUUACAAUGUUCAUUUAAAAGACUAUAAAGAUACUACAAUACAGGAAAAUUUAUUAUAUUAUGUUGCUACAAGUAAAAAAUGCAAGGAUAUUCUAUCGAAUUUGAUUCUCAGCUUAGCUAACGUCUGGGCUGAUGUUAGAUCAAAAAACGUAACUGACGUUAAUCAACAUAUGUAUACGUCUGUAUUACUGUUAUUGGCUAUUAAAUAUAGAGUAAUACUCUGGAAACAAAAUUCGGACGAUUGGGACUUUUUACAGAUAAAAACAAUUUUAAUCAGAGGCAUGUCCAAGCAUCUUGACGUCAUGACGCAAGAGUAUAGAUGUAUAGGAAUGGCCACGAUCGAGUUAAUUUUUAAAAUUCUAUCAGAUGUUGACAGCAAAGAUAGAGAAGCUGUCCAUCAGCUAAAAUUCGAUUACAAUUCUAUGGGAAAUACUUCGGUAGAAAUACACAAGGUUCUAAAAGGUGUUACAAAUAAAUGCCUCCUAGAUAAAGAACAUGUUAAACCAGCAAAUGAAUUGUCUGGGGUCAAUCUAAGUAAAAUCUUAGACCUUAUUGCAUUUAAAGUUGAUGAUGUAGAUAGACCCGUAAACAAUUCUGUUAUAACGUGUGCAGUUAAAACCUCGGAACAAACCAAAGCUAUCGUAAAAACGAUCAUAUCAGUUAAAUUGGAUGAAUUAAAAAAACAUGGGGUUGACGAGGAAUUAGAUUCAGAUGAUGAUUUACAGCCUUAUGAUAUGAGUAAUGAUGAGCCAAUGUCGGCAAAAAAGAAACCCAAUUAUUUGCGAGAUUUACUGGAAAUGAUUAGAGAUGCUAAAGAACAGGAAACCUUUGAAGUUGCCCUAGAAAGCGCUGAAGAAUUAGUCAACGAACAAAUGAAGUUCGAGCACAAAGUUCUUGCCAUAGAGUUGCUGGAUCUCUUCGUGCAUUUGGAGGAAAAGUAUCAUGUGUCCAAUUUCGACAGCAUUAGAUUCAACACAUCUGUGGCUAUAGUUUGCGCUCAUCCCAAAGACGGCGCGGAACAUCUAUGCAAAGAAAUACACACAGACAUAGGUAGAUACUCGAUUGCCACCAAAAUUUUCAUGCUAGAUGUUUUAUCCGAAGCCGCAAACAGAAUUGCAGAUGUUCGACAGACUGAGCCAAAACCUAAGACUGAAACAAAGCAAAAAACAACAGACGACGCGAUCUCAGAAGAAGUGAUUAGACGGAGAUUGAUCAACAAAACUCGAUACUUCCAUACAAAAAGACCCCACCCUUUUGCAAAAGCGAAGAAGAAUCAGUUUGCAGCGGUAGCUGACAAUUUUUUCUAUCCCCUCAUUGGGGGUUUUGGUCAUCGUCAAUUGACAUUAAGCUAUCAGAAUACGAAGCAAGACGUCGACAACAUUCUCCUUCUCAAAUACCUGUCCGUUGUAGGCAACGUGAUUUUAGCGUCUAAAAAUUGUCCAAAAGUCGCAAUUUACUGCAAGGAAAUAAUUCCAAUGAUUUUGUACAUGAGAUUUUCGCCGGAACCAAAGAUUCAGACGUGUGUAAUAUCAAUAAUAGCGUCUAUAGUGAUGGUUUUACCUCCAACUAUACUUCGGGAUGAAUUUGCCUCAAUGAUGUCAGAGAUAUGCGCCUGGCUAAUGGAUUAUUUGAAUAAUAUAGACUUGGCGAUGAAUGUUAGCGGAGCUAAAACUGAAGCGGGGUUGUUUGCCGGACAAGUGUUGCAUUUGAUCGAGAAAAAUUUGUCGAACUAA